CCAUAGUUUAGUGAAUGAAGUAGAUUAGUUAAUCUUAAUCACAUUUGUGGGGAAUUCUGAGGGGUCUAAUAUAAAAAUACGUUAGGAUUUGGUUUGGGACAGUCUACGAUUCAAACACGAACAUGGCAGUGCUGGCUCUAUUGACUAUCGCCCUCUUUGCAGGUGCGGCCUUCUCCGCCCCCCAGUCUUCCCGCAUCGUGGGUGGAACUGAGACCUCUAUAGACAAGUUCCCCUCAAUCGUCGCAGUGGAGAACUACGGCGUCCUCACUGGAGUCUGGUCUCAGUCUUGCGCUGCCAAUAUUUUGACCACGAGAUACGUUCUGUCUGCUGCACACUGUUUCCGUGGCGUAUUCUACAGCCCAAACUACCGUCGCAUCAGGGCUGGUUCUUCCUACCGUAACUACGGUGGUGUUGUGGUGAACGUGGAGGUUGAGUUCAACCACCCCAGCUACGGUUUGAACGGAGCUGAUGGUGACAUCUCAGUCAUUCGUUUGAGCACUCCCUUGGAAUACAGCCCCGUGGUCCAACAGGCCGCGAUUGUCCCUCAAGGAUUCAAGAUCCCCGACAACUUGCCUGUUGUUCACGCUGGAUGGGGCAGGAUUGAAUCCGGCGGUGCUGUGUCUCCCGUGCUCUUGGAGACCACAAUCUUCACCAUCAACAACGAGCUGUGUGCUGCCCGCUACCAGACCUUGGACCCACCUUCCGUUGUUACUGAGAACAUGAUCUGCGCCGGUAUCCUCGACGUCGGUGGCAAGGACGCCUGCCAGGGUGACUCUGGUGGUCCUCUCUACUACACCAACAUCCUCGUCGGUGUCGUGUCUUGGGGCCAUGGCUGCGCUAACGAGACCUUCCCCGGAGUCAGCACUGCUGUCAGCUCCUACACCGACUGGAUCGCGGCUUCUGUCAGCUAAAUAAAAUCAAAUGCUCCUAUGUGCUUUCAUUUUAUUUAUUUGUAUCUAAUGUAUUGAUAUUGUAAAAUUGUGUGUUUAAUGUGUUGUACAUAAAUAAAUGUAAGGUUUUACUCAAUGAAACUCUUUUAAUGACUGAAACUUU